CAUCUGUGUGUCGAAGCCAACACAGUGUUACAUUGUUGAUGGAAGGCUGACAUGCAGAACAGAACUCCGGCAAGAUUCCCCGGAGGAGUAAGGGGGCGUGACAACCCCGGAUAGCAUCUUCUCGCGGAGCCGAUAUGUCCGCAUAAUGAAUGCACCAAUAAUAGCGUAGAAAGAAUCCGGGGCCGAGGGGGCGCCGCACGGUAAUGGCGAUUGAAUGGCCAAACACAUUCCUAGGCAAAUAAUAACAAGAGGCCGUCAGCACUUCAGCACUUCAGCACUUUGACUGUUUGACCCGAACAACCUUGAUCCCCUCAUUUCCAGCCUUCUGAACACAGAACCAGCACCAAACAAGGGAAAGCCUCACCAGCAGCAUGGAAGCCAACGAGAGAACCCGUCUUCUCGCCGAAGAUGCCGCCGGGAUCGACGACAACAACGUCGUCUCGUGGGACGGGCCCGACGACCCAGAGAACCCCAUCAACUGGCCAGAGCGCUCCAGAUGGGGCCACGUCGCCCUGGUGUCGGCUCUCACCUUCCUAAUGCCACUGUCCGUCCUGGCCCAGGCGAUCCACUUCAUGCCCCCGUCGGAGCUCAACCCGUUCCCGCUGCCGCUCCCCAGCCUCAACCCGCCCAGCCCGCUCGGCGCGACCAUGUUCGCGCCGGCCAUCCAGCAGGUCACGGCCGACCUGCACACGAAGCCCGACAGCGUGCUGGCCUCGCUGGCCGUCUCCGUCUACGUGCUCGGCUGGGCGCUCGGCCCGCUGGCGCUGGCGCCGCUGUCUGAGACGCACGGCCGGCUGCCCGUCUACACGUGGAGCAACGUGCUGUACGUGGCCUGCACGGCGGCCUGCGCGCUGGCGCCCACCGCCGAGGCGCUCGUGGCCGCGCGGUUCCUGGCUGGCGCCGUCGGAUCGACGCCCCUCGCCAUCGGCGCCGGCACCAUCGCGGAUCUCGUCCCCGUGCAGAGGCGUGGCCUUGCCCUGUCGCUGUACAUGUUCGGCCCCAUCCUCGGCCCGUCCGUCGGCCCGCUCGCCGGCGGCUAUGUGACCGACGCCCUCGGCUGGCGCUGGAUCUUCUGGCUGCUCGCCGCCGUGUACGCUCUCGCGACACUGCUCCAGCUCGCCCUGAUGCGCGAGACCUACCCCGCCACCAUCCUGGCCGCCAGAACCGCGCGCCUGCGCCUCACACUCGGCACCACGCACCCACCACUGCGCUCCAAGCUCGACCCGGGCCUCACCCCCGCCCAGAUCCUGCGGCGCGCCAUCCUGCGCCCCGCGAAGCUGACGCUCACGUCCCCCGUCGCGUGGCUCUCGUCCCUCGUCUCCGCGUACGUCAACGGCGUCGCGUUCCUGCUGCUGACGACACUCCCCGUCCUCCUGCAGUCUGUGUACGGCUUCUCGCCGCGCGCCGUCGGGCUCGCGUUCGCGGGCUACGGCGCCGGCAACGUCGCCGGGCUGGCGGCGUUCAGCCUGACAUCGGACCGGCUGGUGCGCCGCAGCGCCGUUGCGGGACGGCCGACGCCCGAGCACCGCCUCGCGCCGGCCGUCGCCGCGCUGCCGCUGAUUGCGGCUGGCCUGCUGGGCUGCGGGUGGAGUGCUGCCACGCGUGUGCACUGGGCGUGGGUCGUCGCCGCGUCGGCGCUCGUCGGCGCGGGGAACGUGCUGUUCUUCUCGGCCGUGGUUGGGUACCUGAUUGAUGCCACGGGGCCGUAUGCCGCGAGCGCGAUUGCGGCGAACACCGUGUUGCGGAGCGUCGGGGGCACGUUGCUGCCGCUGGCCGGCGCGGGCCUGUAUGCGGCGCCGCUGGGCUGGGGCUGGGGCGAUACGCUGCUCGCCGCCGUGGCGCUGGGGCUGACGCCGGCGAUGGCUUGGCUUUAUUUCAGGGGUGCUGCGGUAAGGGAGAGGUUUCCCGUCAAGUUGUGAGCAGGCGGAUGUUUGACCGUGGUGAGUUGCUGUGUAGAGACAAGAGAGCACGGUUUUAGGGGAUCUAGUCUGUUUAGAUUGUGAUUAGAGACACAGAAGUAUUGUGAUUAGAGACAUGGAAAGUUUAUGGCGUGCAGGUUCAGUUUCCCGGUAAAAAUUCGCUGCGGUUCUUGGUGGGCUGAGCUAUGCUUCGAGGUGACGGUGAAUGGGGCUGUGC